UUCCCAGACGGAGACCCUCGCCCUCGUCCAGGCGCGGGGCCCGGAGACCGCGCUCCGCUCGACAAGAAGAUCGAACCAGAGCCACAGGAGCAGAGGUACAUCAGGUCGAUGGUGAUCGGAUUGGAAAGUGCCUUUAUUACCCUCCCUGUGCAACUAGUGAUCACAUCUUUGUUCAUCUAUUCCCAGAGGAGACCUCUUGUAUCUCUAAAUGAGGUCACUCCUCGGAAGCAUCCUUUGAAGCCAGCUGCAAAUGAACACUGGGAAGAACGGCUGGGAAAGUGGCAUGCAUACGAAAUUAACAAGACACACUCCCAGGAGCCUGAGAAGUCUGAUAGUCAUCCUGCAAAACCCAAGUCUUCUGUUGAGGUCACCUCUAAAGGACAGCCCCCGUCCAAGCAAGCAGAAAGGAAGGUCUUUGGCACCCCAAGGGAGAUAUCAGGCACCCAAAGCAAGGUCUCCAGGCCCCAAAUAGAUGUGUCCAGGACACAAAGAAAUGUCUCUGGCACCCCAAGAAAGGUCCCCGACACCCCAGGAAAAGCCUCUGGUGCCCAAAGAAAGAUCUCUAGGGCCCAGGAGAAGAAUAAAAACACCAAUAACCCAAAUGUUUUAGACAAUCAAAGCAUUUCUUCCGAGGAUCUGCCUCCCCAGCCAGGUUCGAGAGCCCUCAAAGAGAAGCCCAGGGUGGUCCUGCCAAGGUGCUGCGUUAGUGUGGCCUGGCUCUUAGUUUUUCUCACCUGUGCAGUAUCCUCCUACUUCAUCAUAUUUUAUGGACUGACGUACGGCCUCGAAAAGUCAAUAGCAUGGCUGUUUGCAUCGUUCUGUGCAUUCACCUUGUCAGUCUUUCUAGUGCAGCCAUCUAAAAUCAUGCUUACGUCAAGCUACAGGACAAGUACAGCCAAGUAUUCGAAGAACCUUUCAUGGAUCAGCAACUAUCACUUCACUGAGAUCAAGUUGCAAAACCUCUGGAAGGACCCGGAAGAAAUGGACAGACGCCACCAGUUCGUCAUGGGGCUCCGAAACUCAAGGAUGUACCAGCCUCUCACCCAAGAUGAAAUCACGAUAUUCAAAAGAAAGAAGAGGAUCAAGAGAAGAGCUUUCCUGUUCCUUAUUUACAUCCUCACUCACUUCAUCUUUCUGGCUCUCUUGCUGAACCUAGUCACCAUCCUACGCCCCACUGACAGCUUUUACUACAGUCAGUUUAUUCGUGACCAGUUCUCUGUGGAUCUGGCAGGAGUGACCAGGCUGGAAGACAUCUAUCAGUGGCUGAACAGGGUGCUGUUGCCUCUGCUCCACAAUGACCCAAAUCCCACGUUUCUGCCUGACAGCUCCUCUAAAAUCCUUGGCCUGCCACUGAUGAGGCAGGUGAGGGCGCAACCUGGGGAGAUAACGUGUCUGCCGGCCAAGAAAUUUGUGGAGGGCAGCCUCAAAGGAGAGAUUCGCUGUCACCCCGAAUAUGGGAUGCACCCAGAAGACACAAAAAACUACCCUGGGUCGUGGAAUAAAGUUAGUAAGCGGGACACUGACAAGACGACCAAAGGGUUUACUUAUAAGCCUCCAGGGAAGAGAUGGGCGUACUCUUCCUAUGGGCAGCUGCAUACCUAUGGCUCAGGAGGGUACGCCUUCUACUUUUUCCCAGCAGAGCAGCAGUUUAAUUCCACACUGAGGCUCAGCGAACUCCAGAAAAGCCAUUGGCUGGAUGAGAAGACCUGGUCUGUGAUUGUGGAACUGACCACCUUCAAUCCAGACAUCAGUCUCCUCUGUAGCAUCUCGGUCAUCUUCGAGGUCUCUCAGUUAGGUGUUGUGAACACUAGUCUGAAUGCUCACUCCUUCUCGCUCACUCAUUUCAACAGAAAAUACUCAGAAGAAAUCUACUUGUAUGUGGCCAUCUACCUUUUCUUUCUCGCCUAUAUUGCCGAUGAGGUCAAUGUCAUCACGGAUGAAAGGACUGCCUACGUGCAAAGUGUAUAUAAUUGGCUCAGCUUUGCUCUUAAAUUCUUCCUUGCCUUGUUGAUCGUGCUCUUUUUCAGGAAGCACUUCUUGGCCAUCGGUGUCGUUCGGGCUUACCGGUCAAACCCCGAGGAUUUCAUUCCCUUUCAUCCAGUGGCUCAAGUGGAUCACACCAUGAGGGUGAUUUUGGGUUUCCUGGUAUUUCUGACGAUCCUGAAGACGCUCCAGUAUUCCAGGGUCUUUUACGAUGUGCGUCUGGCUCAGAGGGCCAUCCAGACUGCCCUUCCCGGCAUCUGCCACAUGGCAUUGGUGGUAUCCAUGUAUUUCUUUGUCUUCAUGGCAUUCGGCUACUUGGUGUUCGGGCAGGACGAGUGGAACUACAGUGACAUGAUCCACGCCACCCAGACAAUAGUUUCCUACUGUGUCUCAGCUUUUCAGAACACGGAAUUUUUCAAUAACCGGGUUCUUGGUGUCCUCUUCCUCUCAUCUUUCAUGCUGGUGAUGAUCUGCAUAUUGAUCAACUUAUUUCAGGCAGUGAUUUUGUCUGCCUACGAGGAAAUGAAGCAACCUGUAUACGAGGAGCCCUCGGAAGAGGCAGAAGCCAUGACUUACCUGUGUCGCCGGCUAAGAUCUGCUUUUUGCUGCCUGUGCUCCAAACCCAGGGCGCAAGACGAACCCAAGUUCCUCAUCAACAUGGUGUACGGGCAGCCAGAGAAGAACAGCCGCCGCUACCUGGGGCUGAAGACCAGAAACAUUAAUGGGAAGAAAAUGGUCUACCUCGUCGUGUGAUCCAGGACAGUCUCAAGACCCACAGGCAGGCUUCUCCCCAAGGCUCAGUUUCUGGGGUCAAGGAAUGUUUAGUGGCUCAGUUGUGUGUUCUAUCCAUGUCCUUCACAGUGCACACCCCCACCUCUGGACACGUCUGCAGUGGUGGCCUCCGCUCUUGGGACUUGAAAGGAGGGUAAAGGGCAGUGUGGCCUCUGCGGAGAGAGCAGGGCGACCAUCUGUGAAUCCUGGGUUCAUUUCCCUUUUUCUUAGAAGUUGCUGUCUUUGGCACCGACUGCCGUUUAGAGGGUUAGAGACCUAAAUUUGGGGGAGGGAGCUAUAAGGGCCCCCAGCCUCAUCUCAGCUUGUCAGAAGCAGCAGGUGAAUGCUCCUGCUGUGCCGGUCCCCGUCUCCCCGAGGCUGGGAGGCCAGAGCUAGUGGUUCCGGGCAGACCCCAGGUCCCUCAGUCCUGCUGGCCCUUCCCUUGCUGAUGGGACUGCAGAGCCUCUCCGCCUCCUUACUCCCCCCCCCCCACACACACACACACUCCAGCUGGGCAGGGCUGGAGGGGCCUCAUGAGGGGUCCCAGGAGUGGCCCUUUUGCCUGGAAAUGGAGGGAUGUGGACCAGGGCACAGCAAUCUGAAGCUUCCCAUCUGCUGCUUAAGGCCAUUGCAAGUUAUGGAUAUACAAUUUAGCAACAUGUUUCUGUCUAUGAAACAUGCCUUUUCUGAGACAAGUUAUGUGUUUGAGUUGAAGGAUUCACACUGAAAGGUAUUAAAUAUUCCAUGUAAUGUGUGUUGCCAUAUAUACUAGGAUUUGGGCUUUUGGUUAUUGAUGGCCUGGUGGCUUGUUUAUAACACAUUAGUUAAGAAAAUGGUGGAACCACUCCUGUAUUUUCACCCUAAAGCAUGUUCCUUUACGUAGAUGCCACUUUAAGCUUGAUGUGAACUAAAUGUACGAUGUU